AUGUCGGACCAUUUUGAAGCAGAAGAGAACCUCCAAAAGGCUCUUUCAGCUACUGAUGAUGUAGCUGUGUCUCCUAAUGAGUCACGCCGUGAUUCAGAUGAGGAUUCAGAGGUUCUACAUGAGCCUAUUCAAGAACGAUAUGAGAAUCCAUCAUAUUCCCGUUUCCGACGUGUCGCGUCUAAGACGAUUGUCUCUUUUGGUCCAAAUGAUCCAGAUAAUCCAGUCAACUGGAAAAAUUCUCGGAAGUUUCUAGUGCUUGCAGCUGGUGUGAUGCAGGUUAUGAACAGUACCAUUGCUUCCUCAAUCUGCAGUAAUGCAGUGCCCCAAAUUGCAGCAGAGUUCAACAUCACCAACCAGCAAGCCCUCGUCUUGCCCAUCUCUAUCUUUUUAAUCGGUUACAUCGUAGGUCCCCUAAUUUGGGGACCAAGCUCAGAGUAUUUUGGACGCAGGCGCCCUCUUCUCAUCGCAUACUGUGGUUUCAUGAUUUUCAUGUUAGCAUGUGCAGUGGCACCCUCGUAUGCAUCACUACUUGUGUUUCGACUCCUUAAUGGAAUGAUGGCUUCUUCGCCAAUUGCUACAGUUGGUGGGCUAUUUGCUGAUGUUCAUGACAACCCUACCAAGAGAGGUCGUCUGAUGGCGUACUACAUGGCUUGUACCACGUUCGGACCGAUCGUCGGUCCAUGGGUCUCUGGAUUUGUUGCUGUUGUAGACUGGCGCUGGUGUUUCUGGAUUGGUCUCAUUUGUUCCGGCGCGACGUUUCCCUUGGCUAUUUUCAUGCCCGAGACAUAUGCUCCAGUUAUCUUGACGCGACGCGCCCAGAAGAUUCGAAAGGAGACUGGAAAUUCUAAUAUUGUGUCGCCAUUGGAGCUCGACUCUCGCAAUCUCCGUCAAAUGAUUCUUCUCACUGUAUCUCGACCAUUCCGAAUGAUCUUCCACGAGUCUAUCGUGUCUUUGACAUCCCUUUAUCUCGCCCUUGCAUAUGCAAUCUUUUACCUUUACUUCGAGGCAUAUCCAAUCAUCUUCCAAGAUUUAUAUGGAAUGAGUGCUGGUGUUGCUGGUUUAAUGUUCUUACCAAUUGGUAUCGGAGCUGUUCUCGCCUGUUUCGUCUUCAUCUGGUAUGACGGAUAUCUUGCUCGUGCAAAGGCCCGAAAUGCACCAUGGGCUGCAAUUGAAGAAUACCGUCGCCUCCCCCUAGCCUGCAUCGGCGGCCCCUUAUACGUCGUUUCUCUAUUCUGGGUUGGUUGGACAUCUUCUCUAAACAUUCAUUGGGUUGUCCCGUUCUUAUCCGGGAUCCCCUUCGGAAUGGGCUAUCUGCUCAUUUUUAUGGCAAUGCUGAACUAUCUAACCGACGCCUAUGAGACUUUAUCAGCCAGUGCCCAAUCCGCUGCAAGCUGCACGCGUAGUAUUUUCGGAGCAGUGCUGCCUCUUGCUGCAAAGCCAAUGUUCAAUCGACUCGGUAUCCACUGGGCAUGCACUCUGAUUGCUUUCCUCAGUUUGUUAGUCUCCAUCAUUCCAUUUGGAUUCAUCCGAUAUGGAGACCGGAUCAGAGCGAAUAGCAAGUUUUGCCAAGAGCUUAAACGUAUCAAGGAAGCCGAGCGCUUGGAAAUUGAAAGAGAGGAAAAUGGACAAGACGGUUCUCACGAUUUAGAGAAGGUACCUACUUCUCAUACUGGGCAGAUUACAAGAGUCGAUACAGCUCGAAGUCACGCCGCCUCGAUCAUCUGUUAA